AUGGCCUUGGCUGCGGACAUUGCUGGCGCAGUGCCCGUCAACAAGCCUCGAGGGCAACACCCGACUCAGGAUGACUACUACGUCAAUCUCGGACCUCGCCCUUACUACCUCGUCCAGAAUAUGACCGAAGGCCCGCUCAAGCAAAAGCUCGAGUCGUGUUUCAACGGCCCCUUCGAAGUCACCAACUGGAGCAUCGGCCAUCGGGGCGGCGGCACCCUGCAGUUCCCUGAAGAGACGGUCGAAUCCACCAUGGCCGGUGCACGGAUGGGUGCCGGAAUCCUCGAGUGCGACGUGGCCUUCACAUCUGAUUUGGGUCUGGUUUGCAGACACUCGCUCUGUGACCUGCACACGACAACCGACAUUCUGCUCAGACCCGACCUCGCCGCCAAGUGUACGAAGCCGUUCACCCCAGCGAAUGCGACGGCCGAUGCGGAUGCGCUCUGUUGCACCAGCGACAUUACAGAGGCCGAGUUCCUGUCGCUCUGCAGCAAGAUGGACGGCUUCAACGCGUCGGCGACCACCCCCGAAGACUACCAACACGGCACGCCCUCAUUCCGAACCGACCUGUACAACACGUGCGCGCAGGUCAUGACGCUCGAGAGCUGGAUCGACCUGGUCGAGUCGCUACCGGGCCACCGCAUGUUCACACCGGAGCUGAAGACGCCGCCGUCGCAGGUUCCCAUGCCGUUUCACGGGUACACGCAGGCGCAGUAUGCACGAGACAUGAUCAACACGUUUGUCAAGAAGGGCAUCGCGCCUGAGCGGGUGUGGCCGCAGUCCUUCACCCCAGCCGAUAUCUACUUGUGGCUCAACGAGUUCCCAGAGUGGGGCAAGCAGGCCGUGUUCUUGGACGAGGACGGCGACGUGGCCUCCAACUUCACCACGGCAGUGAACCGCCUCCCUGCGCUCAAGGCCAGCGGAGUAAACAUAGUGUCGCCGCCGUAUCCAUACUUAUUGUCCGUUGGCGGUCCCAACAACGACACCAUCGUGCCCUCCAUCUACGCCACCACGGCCAUGGAGGCCGGGCUCGACAUCAUCGCCUGGUCCUUUGAACGCUCGGGACCCCUGGACAAGGUCCGCGCCAAUGAGGACUAUUACUGGUCGUCCAUCGCCCCCAUCAUCUCCUAUGACGGGCAAGCCUACGAGGCCCUCGACGUCCUCGCCCGCGAGAUCGGCAUCAAGGCCAUCUUCUCCGACUGGUCCGCCACCGUGACCUUUUACGCCAACUGCAUGGGUUUGAAGGGACCGGGACAUUAG